CUUCCGGCAGAGCCCCGCGAAGGCCGCAGUCAUGUCUCUGGUGAUCCCCGAGAAGUUCCAGCACAUUCUGCGGGUGCUCAACACCAACAUCGACGGGCGCCGCAAGAUCGCCUUCGCCAUCACCGCCAUCAAGGGCGUGGGGCGGCGCUACGCUCACGUGGUGCUGCGCAAGGCGGACAUCGACCUGACCAAACGGGCUGGGGAGCUCACCGAGGACGAGGUGGAGAGGGUGAUCACCAUCAUGCAGAACCCCCGACAGUACAAGAUCCCAGACUGGUUCCUCAACAGACAGAAGGACGUCAAGGAUGGCAAAUACUCCCAGGUUCUGGCCAACGGCCUGGACAACAAACUCCGCGAGGACCUCGAGCGCCUCAAGAAAAUCCGAGCUCACCGCGGCCUGCGCCACUUUUGGGGUUUGAGAGUGCGGGGCCAGCACACGAAAACCACCGGGCGCCGCGGGAGAACCGUGGGUGUGUCCAAGAAAAAAUGAGGAGAAAAGGGCAAAAUUGGGCUGGAAAAAUGGGAAUUGGUGGUUUGGGGUUUUUUUUUGGGGU